AUGGGUAUAUAUGCCAUAUUUAUUAUUAUACUAAUAGCAUUUCUUCUGAGGAUUUUAUAUCUUUUAGUUAAAGUAGUGACGUCCGAAUGUGCCUUAUCAAUACAAGCAUCAUCGUUUAAAACUAUAAUUUGUAUUGGAUCGGGUGGUCAUACAAGUGAAAUACUCAGGCUUAUGUCUAAUUUGAAUACUAGAAAGUUCGGGCCCCGUUUGUAUAUUUUGGCUGAUAGUGAUACCAGCAGUGAAGUUAAAAUACAUAAUAUGGAAAAUGGGUCGACAAGUUAUACAUUAUGCAGAAUACCUAGAAGUAGAAAUGUUAAGCAAACAUAUUCUUCAUCGAUUUUUACUACAAUUUAUGCCACAUUGAGUACUAUACCAAUUGUAUACAAAUUCGCGCCUAAUGUUAUUUUAUGUAAUGGCCCAGGUACUUGUAUUCCAGUAUGUGCUGUUGCUUUUUUAUUAAGAUGUUUAUUUCUGUUGGAUAGUAGAAUUAUAUACAUAGAAAGUUUGUGUAGAGUGAGAACAUUAUCAUUAUCAGGAAAGAUUCUUCAGUACUUUGCUGAUAUUUUUAUAGUUCAAUGGCCUCAGUUGAGAGACAAUUGCUAUAGAGCCAAAUAUUUUGGGAGGUUAACAUAA